GAGAAAAUAUACAACAUUCUCUCUAGACAGUUCGACCGUUGCCGCGCGAAGGAUCUCGAAAUCCAUCGAAACACCGAAGCCAUGGAAAUUGCGAGGUAUUUAAGCAUUUGGGAUUUUCAUUCCCACAGCUUAAACAGAAAUCAACGUCCAGCUAAAGAGAAAUCUCGAGGUUUCGAAGAGGCAAUUCGUUCGAUUAUUCGGGUUCGUGGAUCGUUUUUGUGCCGGAAACUAAGUCAUUGGGAUCUGUGGACUGUUUGGGGAGAUCAUCUGCUAAUUGGGUAUUUGCUUUGUUUUGUUUUUCUUUUAUUAUUCAGCUUUGUCAACGCAUCAUCUUGUGAAAGUUCAGAAGAGGCUCAUAAUCACAAUCUAGGCUUGUUGGAUUACUGGCAAUGGAACCUGUGUACAUGAACAUGCAGUCCUAUCCCCAUCAGAAUGGUCAAGUACAUUAUAGGCCUUGCGGUUACCCUGGAAUGGAAGCUCGGCCUCCAAUGAGUUACGAGAGCUGGCCUUGGGGCGGCAACUAUGGCUAUGCUCCCCCAGGGGCGUGCCAUGCUUGCUGUAACCAUGCUUAUAUGCCGGCCCACUGCGCGUGGGGGUCCCCGUAUUCUCAUGUUCCUCCACAUCAUUUUCCCGGGCAUUAUCCAUAUAACCCGGUUCACUACAUGCUGCCUCCACCUUAUCCUGUGAUGGACCGUCCGAGAUAUGAAUAUGAAAAGGGUGUGCCUGUGGAUCAUCAUUGCUGUGGGUAUCGCAAUCAGCCACUACAUCAGAAAGAACAGGGAAAUGUGAGGAUUGAAGAGGAAGAACCUGAAAGGGAAGCAAGGAAAAAUGUUUCUCUGGUUCCCUCACAGUUGAAGAAUUCACCUUCCCCAAAUGUGUGGCUUCCACCUGAUUACAAUGACGGCGGGAAGGUGAAGGGCACGGAGGUGAGGAAAGAUACCUCCCGAGAUGUGAAGGAGCCUGAGAAUAGAAAAACUGUGGAACAGCAGCCGUCUUCAUGGAAUGGAUGGCUUCCUCUUGAUUUGAACAAUGUGGUAUCUUUGAAGGAAAAGGGAGACGCGGGGUUGACUUCUCAACAAGAUGAUGGAAAGCGAAAUUUUCAAUUUCCAUUCUUCUGGAUACCUUAUAAGCCUCAUGACACAGAACGAGAAAAUCAGGAGGUGAAGGAUGGCCAUGCAAAACUGAGCUUGGAACCAGAGAAGGGGUCUGGUGGUGAUCAUGUCGAUGGAGGAGAUGCUGGCAACCAUUCCGCUUCAAGGGUGAAAGAUAUACCAGUGAAGGAAGUUGAACAACAUGUCGGAAAAGAGAGUUCCAUAAACUUGGAAAAAGAAGGGGAUACCUCUGCAAAAAUCAGGACUGACAAUGGUGAGAAGAGAAACAAUGAGGUUGAAAGGGUACCUUCUGUAGAAGGUUCAAAGAAAAAGUCUCCGUCUCCACCAAAACCAUCCAAGUUACCUCCUGUCUGCCUGAGAGUUGAUCCUUUGCCAAGGAAGAAAUCUGCAAAUGCAAAAUCACGGUCUCCAAGUCCUCCCGGUGACAAACAAAAGCUGGAGGUGAAGUCCAAUGAAGCAGUUAGAAGUCCUUCUCCAGUACGAGUUAAGGAAAGCACGAACAAGAAAGCUAUUGCAGUUGUUGAUGGGAAUACUUCGUUAGAGAAAUCUACGAAUGUAAAUGUUGAAACUCCUGGGAAGCCACCUGCUAAAUCCGAGGAUGAUAUUUCAACGAAGCAAGCAGAAGAAAUAGCACGGAACUAUAGUGAAACUUACGCAGCUAGAAAAGAACAAUCAGAAGAUACCUUACCCACCGGAGGACAGAAAGAAGAAUCGUUCCAGGCUGAGGAAGCUGAUGAAGGAAAGAAAUGCAGACAACUGUCAGAGGAGGAAGCAGCUGUCAUUAUUCAAUCAGCAUAUCGUCGCUUUGAUGUCAGAAGGUGGAAACCUAUAGAGAAGUUGAGACAAAUAGCCAGAGUGCGAGCGGAGAUAGCUGAUGUGAAGAGUCUCAUCCAAGAAAUGGAGUCAUCUUCUGAUAUCCAAAGCCGUGCGAAGCAGAAGAACAUUAUUUCGGAAACAAUAAUGAACCUUCUGCUAAGAUUGGACACAAUCCAGGGACUGCAUCCAAGCAUCAGGGAAGUCAGAAAAUCUGUGGUGAAAGAACUUGUGAGUCUUCAGGAGCAACUAGAUACAAUAAUAUGCAAAGAACCUGAAAAUUCACCGGGAGAGGAGUCUUUGAUGAGGCAUGAUCAGGAAGAUUCGUCGAGCAGAAGUGAAGAUAUUGUGUUGUCCGUGAACAGCAAUAAAAUCGACCCAGUUGGUUUACAGAACCAGGUUGAAGGAGGAUCUGACCCAGAGAGGCCAGAAUUUCCAGCGGCGAAUCCAACUGAAGAAGCAGCAAGUGUAAUAACAGGGGCAGAGCCGAUUGAGGAAGCAGCAAGUGUAAUUUCAGGGAGCUGCGUUGACGAAGGUCUUAAGUCAGAACAAGGCCCAACGGAAAAAGAUGAACAUGAAAAGAGCGCAAAGCCGAUUGAGGAAGCAGCAAGUGUUGAAAUAGGAGCAAAAUCUGCAGAAAGCUCUGUAAAUCCAUUUGAUGAAGCAGCAAGUUUAGAAAUAGGGGCAGAAGCUGCAGAAAGCUCUGUGGAUGAAGGUGUCAAGUCAGCGCAAGGCCCGACAACAAAACAGGAAGAGGAAAAGAGCACUGAAGUGCUUGAGAAUAAUGAGACCUCAAUUGCUAAAGAGGACCGUGAGUCUAUCAUUCUUGGGCAGGGUUCCAAGCUCUCGUCUCUGCUGGGCGACUCCUCAGCCGGGGCUACAAAUGUGGCACAAACCGAGGAUCAUGAGCUGCCCCGAGGUGUACUUGAUGACAUCUGUGCUGCAGAAGGCACAAACCAUUAUUCAGCAGCCGAAGCAGAUUCAAGCAAAGCUGAUCAGUCCCCGCAGCUAGAGGCCUCGCUCACACGGUUGCCUAUUGCUGUCGAAGAGAAUCACCAAACUGUGGAAACUCAGGAAACUGAAAAAGGAGGUUUUUCGGAGAAGCAUGGAAUGGAGGAGGAAGCAGAUAACGAAACUGGAGAUGCAGCAUCCGAGCCUAACGAGCAUAUGUUUCAACAACCAAUUGCUGACAAGCUCGACCCUUCCGAACAAGGUGCUGUCGACACCAAUCACCCGCCGCGAAAAGAAGGUAUAGAUGCAGGUGAAGGUGAAGGUGAAAUGAGUAGAAAGAUGAUGGAGGAGAAGGAGCGGCUGAGAGAGAUGGUGGCGGAACUGAUAAAGGCGGGGCACGAGCAGCUGACGGCCAUUUCGAGUCUCUCUGGUAGAGUGAAGGACUUGGAGAAGAAACUAUCAAGGAAGAAGAAACUCAAGGUGAAACAGUUGAGAGCUCCAAGAGCAUCAUGCAACACAAAAGGUGAUACCUUUGGGGCACUUGGGCUGGUCGUGUAGAAGUGUAUUUGGCUUUGUUUAUACUGUGUGUAAUGUGUGUUUCUUGUGCAAGUUGUGUGUAUCAUAUUUCCUCAAGUCUUGUGUAUGAUACAAUUGGAAAGUAAAUUCGAUGCUUGAUUAUGUUCUCAA